AUGGUUGUCUAUGUAUCUUUUACAUUCUCAACAGUUGUUGGCGAAAUAAAUGAAAAAUCUAAAAAAUUAAUACUGCCAUUGCAUUCAGCCCCUUUAAAAGUCUCAAUUUCAGAGCUCUCAGGAAAUUAUAUUGGCAUAAUAACAUCAAUAACCUUUGGAAAUAUAACUGCUAAAUUAUUAUUGGAUACUGGUUCAAGAAUGUUAGUUUUACCGAAAGAAAAUUGUAAAGGAUGUUUAAUAAAAAAACCAUAUUAUGUUCCAACAGAGAAAGCACAGUUGAUAGAAUGUUCAUCAAAAGAAUGCAUGUCCAUAACGAAAACUUUGAAUAGUUGUCACGAUCGGGAAUCAACAGGUUCAUGUCUUGCUGCUAUUACUUAUGCUGACGGAACUAAAUGGAUCACUCAAUCAUACAUAGACGAAGUCAUUAUAAAUGGAUCAAUCAUUCCCAAUGUUUUGAUAGGAGCCAUCAUUGGAGAUAUCGGUACAAAACAGAAAUCAAUGAACUAUGGACUAUUGGGUUUGGCAAGAUGUUCUGGUGAUAGUUGUCUUCCAACUAUAGUUGAUUCAAUCAUUAAAUUCACAGGUUAUAAAAAUAUGUUUGGAAUAAGAGUAGAAAAAGAUUAUAGUGGUAAAUUCACUAUUGGAGAACCAGAUUUAAGAGAAGGUGAGUCAAUUGUUUAUGCACCAUUGAUUCCAAGUUAUAAUGAAAAAUAUUUUGUUAUGCCGAAAUCAAUUAAAGUAUUGGGUAUCGAUAGAGUAGUUGAAGUUCCAACACAGCUAAUGUCACCAACCAUAGUAGAUACAGGAAGUUCAAUAUCUUACUUUUCACCAGAAAUCUAUGAUCUAAUUGGAAAUGAAAUAGGUGAUGUCUGUACUUUAGAAAAUGGAUGUGAUUGGUUAAAUAAAAAAAGUACCUUGGGAUAUCUAUAUGAUUUCAUCGAGUUUACUACCUAA